GACCUUGGGAUGGGAGGACCAGGGGCUUCCUUCUUUUACCUCUCUCACUGCCUUAACGGCCCAGCUACGACACACAGCCGCUCCCUAACUCUUAAGGUACUCUCAGGUAACCCUUCGGAGGACCGGGAAGCUGGAAGGAAGGGGAAGAGACAAGAGGAAGAGGAAGAAGAGGAGGCGCCAUGACCCGAGACAGCAGACGACCCUCUCCCUCCAUCAUGUCCAGGCUACUCUGCCGGGCCGACGUAUUUUCAGCCCUAAAGUCCUUCUGCAGGAACUAUGGGACUCCAGGGACUCGUGGAAACUCUCAGUACUUGGAGAUCCGAGGGUCCCAGACGCUGCCACACUACCCGAGGAAGGUGAAGAUCGUUGAGGUGGGGCCACGGGACGGGCUGCAGAAUGAGAAGACUCUGGUGCCCACUGACAUUAAAAUCAAGUUUAUCAACAAGCUGGCGAGGGCGGGUCAUCGUGCGGUGGAGGUAACCAGCUUUGUGUCGCCCAAGUGGGUGCCUCAAAUGGCCGACCACACUGAGGUGCUGCGAGGGAUUCAGCGGCUGAGUGGGGUGUCCUAUCCUGUCCUGACGCCCAACCUAAAGGGGUUCGAGGCAGCGUACCAAGCUGGGUGUGAGGAGGUGGCCAUCUUCGGGGCUGCCUCGGAGACCUUCAGCCAGAAGAACAUCAACUGCAGCAUCGCCGAGUCUCUGCAGCGCUUUGAGGCCGUGAUGGAGGCGGCCAAGAGUGUCGGCGUGAAGGUCAGGGGCUACGUGUCCUGUGUGUGUGGCUGCCCAUACGAGGGACCCGUCGACCCCAAGGCUGUGGCUAAGGUCGCCCACACCAUGUACGAGAUGGGGUGUUAUGAGAUCUCACUCGGGGACACCAUAGGGGUGGGAACGCCCGGCAGCACCCGCACCAUGCUGGAGGAGGUGCUGAAGGUGCUGCCGCCGGAUGUGCUCGCGGUGCAUUGCCACGACACCUACGGCCAAGCGCUGCCUAACAUCCUCACCGCGAUACAGAUGGGCGUGAGUGUAGUGGACGCCUCGGUGGCCGGGCUCGGGGGGUGUCCCUACGCCCAGGGUGCCUCGGGGAACGUGGCGACGGAGGACGUGGUGUACAUGCUCAACGGCCUGCAGAUAGAGACGGGGGUGGACCUGGACAAGCUGAUUGAAGUGGGGAACUACAUCUGUAAAGUGCUGAACAGGCAGAACAUGAGCAAGGUGAGCUGUGCCAAGACCAAGUGCUGAAAACAGCCUCCACAGGGAGACUGUAGGUAGUACGCAUAGUCCAUAUAUUUUUUUAAAGAGUUGAGGCUAUAUGAAAAGUGCAGUGUGUGCUGGUCAGUUACCUAAUGUGAUUUUGCUGUUUUAAAGACAAGAAUAUUCUUCUAUCUGUCAUACAUAUAAGAAGUACAACAUGCAGUGAAAUGAGUUGAUGUGUCCACAGAAUCUCAUGUGUAACAAUUUCUUUUUUAAUCACUGUGGAUUAAAAAAUACUGUACUGAAAACGACCAUCAUAAGUCUGCAGAACAUCACAUGACCAAGGUUGUUAUAGUAUAUUACAAAGAUACUAAUUAAUAGUAUGAAGCCUUCAGAUUUGAAGUAGCUUUUAAUUAAGCUAUCCAGAUGAGGUAUUUUGUAAUAUGCAAUUAUUUAAGACACAUUCAAGUGUGUCACAAAUCAUUUAGGUUUUAAGGAACCCCAAGUUUCUCAUCCCACUGUGAGCACUGUAAGUAUUAGUAACAAUCUAUGUCACCGCCAUCGUCACAAGGUUAGUGGAUUGUUUUUGUUCAUCUGUGAUAUUUAUUCAGUAGGGCAUAACUCAUGGGUUAGAGAUCUAUUUAUAUGAUGUAAAGUGGAGUUAAAAGAAUAAAAUAUAACCACUUUUCCUGUUAUCAUAAAUGGCCACUUAAAAGAGUAUAGUAUUAUUAUAUAUGUACAUACUCAUUAGUUCACAGAAGCCAAGAGUUUCUGUCUAUUCCUGUCACAAAUACAGCAGAUUCUCCAGCAGUACUUUAGAACUAAUUCACCUCUACAGUAACUGCACACAACUUUCUGUAGUGUCAUGUAGGGGACUGUAGCCUUAGGGCCACUUUCACAGUCACUUUGUUUUGAUCGUUACUAAUGGCGGCAAUCAACGCUAUAGUUUUCCACGUGAAACUGGCCUAUGGGGUAGUGGCGGCUGCAGAGGAAGCGAGAGGUGUUGAGAGUGUAUGCCAAUUUGCGGUGCUAAGCUAACCCCGCAGCCACCACUACCCCAUCGGACAGUUUUACGUGGAAAUGCUAUAGCGUCGAUCGCCACCAUUUGUAAUGAUCAAAAC